UGAAUUUGGGCACGGGACCAGCGAGGUCUUGUCGCCAGCUGUCGCGUUCCUGGAUCCAAAACAGUCUGCUUCAAUGCGCAGUUGGCAUACGGCUUUUUCUGCCCCUGUCCUGAGAAAUGAGCAGCCCUGGCAAGAAAUCGCCGAAGUUUCCGAGUGGCAUCAAUCUACAGUUUGACAUUGUAAUUAUAUGAAUUAGCCUGUUACAGCUGCCUCUGCCCGUGCAUCAUAAUGGCUUUGCGAAUUCAUUAGCCACCCUGCAUUACUUAACCAGUCCAAAACUUGCCUGUCAGCCGCGGUUUUUUUACCGCCGUCUUAUUUUGUUCAGUGUCGCCUUAUUAUGAUAUUUAUAGGGUUAGACGGGACGGCAGCCUAUUCCUUUCAGCACCCUCUGAGGGAGCCACGUUUUAGAACCGCAAGCGAGAGGAUGUUGUCGGGCCCAGCUACUUGCGCCUGCUACGGCACCGGAGCCGGUUCGGUGGAUUGUGGGCAAAAUUAGUGAAACGGGUGCACAGAGCCGGACGGUGCUGAUGGCGCGCGUGCAUCUUGCACGAUUUGCCUUCACGUGCGUAUGCCAGGGCCGGCUGGCGGCGUUCCCCACCUCCCUGGAGGGGGAUGAGGAGCGACUGCAGGGGCGGAACGGAAUGCUGCGAGUCACCGGCAGCAGGAGUGCCUGGGACAACGGGGGCGGCGGGCGGAAGGCGCGAGGGAGGGAGGCGGAUUGAGUAUGUGAGUCUGGACUUCAGCGGCUGCAAGAACAACUCUCUGAGCUGGUUCUGCUGCCAGUUCGGCACAUGCUCCACCACGGCCUGCAACGGUGUGGCCUCCACCUCCACCUGCAAUAACGUGGUCAAAGCAACAGUGGCUGUGCCAGCAGGCGCCGCAAGCGUCACGCUGCAGGUCCAUGACGGCCGUAUCACGGGCAACUUCAAGUGCACCACCGCCACGCCCUGCUGCGGCGGCGACGGCGGCGCCUGCGGCACCGGCUCCACAUCCAGUGUGUGUGGCGGCGUGGUGGUGCCCAUCUCCGGCGUGAGCGGCUGCUUUGCCCGCCCACCAUCGCCGCGGCCACCCAGCCCGUCCCCGCCCUCGCCCAAGCCUCCAAACCCGCCUCCGCCAAGCCCACCACGGCCCCCCUCACCGUCACCUCCUUCCCCCGCACCUCCGCCCCCUCCGCCCUCCCCGCCACCGCCGUCUCCCUCGCCACCAUCUCCUUCGCCACCGCCGCCUCCUCCGCCGUCCCCUCCCCCGUCACCGCCUCCGUCACCUCCUCCGUCGCCUCCUCCGCCGCCAUCAUCCCCUGAGCCGCCCUCGCCUGAGCCUCCCUCUCCGCCGCCACCGCCGCCGUCUCCGGAGCCACCCUCGCCCAAGCCUCCUUCCCCUCCUCCUUCCCCUCCUCCUUCUCCUCCGCCGUCUCCUCCUCCGUCGCCUCCUCCUUCCCCUCCUCCGCCGCCACCGUCUCCUGAGCCGCCCUCGCCUGAGCCUCCCUCUCCGCCGCCGCCGCCGCCGUCUCCGGAGCCACCCUCGCCCAAGCCUCCUUCCCCUCCACCUUCCCCUCCUUCUCCUCCGCCGUCUCCUCCUCCGUCUCCUCCUCCUUCCCCUCCUCCGCCGCCACCCCUCCCUCCCCUCCGCCAACACCCCCCCCCAUCGCCCCCCCUGCCUCCGUCACCCGCGCCGCCCUCGCCCUCUCCUCCGCCCCCUUCGCCCCCUCCCUCUCCCGCCCCCCCGCUGCCUAAUCAGGCCUCUUGCAGCUCGUCAUGUCCCAAUGGAUCUCAAAUUCGGGCCGCUGGAUUCAAGACCACAUGCGGCGCGACCUGCCUCCUGACACAGCCGUCCGCUUGCCUGGUCGAGCCCCGCCCCGGCGCCUUUGACUCGCCCGGUUCCUACGUGCCCGCCUUCUCGGGCGUGUACGGCUGCUUCCUCAAGUCAAGCGGCACCUACACCAGCAACAGCAGCGGCAGCUCCAGUUCCUACCCGCUCUACCUGUCCUAUGGCGGCGCCAACCUGGACUCCUUCUUCUCCAGCGCCGCCCCCGGGGCCGUGGCCGCCCUGGCCUGCUACGACUCCCCGCAGCUCAUCAACCUCACGCAGUACCUGCUGGUCACGGUCCUGCCCACUCCCUCCGACAACUACGCCUGCCUCACCUGCGGCUUCUACAACGUGGCCCCGCUGGCCGCCACCUCCUCGGCCAACUGUGACUGCAAUGACACCGCAUGGGCCUUCCCCACCCCGGCGCAGCUCGGUGCCGCGCAAGCCGGCAACUCCACUUCCGAGAUCCGACUGAACGUGACGGAUCCCGGAUUCGGAAACGGCGUGUUUUGGAACCCGCGCCAGCCGACUUCAAGCGCCUGGGGCGGCUACUUCCGCAUCGCGCCGCCCGCCUCGCCCAACGCCGUCCUGACCCUGGCGGUGUGUGCCGGCUGCGGUCAGAACCAGCCGGACAAGGGAUACUACCUGAGUACCGGCUUCACUAUCACCUUCACCAACUUCACCAAGGGCAACGGCUCCAUCACCAUCAAGGCUCUGGCGCCCGGCGCCUCCGCUGAGGUGGACAAGCUGCAGAUUUACCUCAGCUUUGUGGCCCCGCCCAACCUCAACCCGGGCCAGUUCCAAACCUUCACCACCACCAGCCCCACCGUCACGCCCACCAACCCGCUCAACGCCUUCCCCGCCGGCCCCUUCACGGCGGCCGCCCGCGCCAACGUCACCUACACGACGUCUUCCGGCUCCACCGCCACCGUGCCUGCCUCCGUGGACCCCAGCCAGGGCCUGUUCUUUGCCCUGCACCUCGAUGUGGGUCAGGCCUGCCCCGCACCCUACUAGAAAUGUGUGUGACACCGGUAGAUAGAUGUGGCAAUCUGUCUGGGGCGAGUUGAUGGCACGUGCAGGUACCAAUGCUUUCGUUCGGCAUCCUCACGUCCCGAUGGCUGGCAAACCGAAGCGCUGCUCAUAUGUUUCAUGGGAGGGAUGGGACUAAGAAAUAAUGUGAAGAGUUUGUGUUUGCUAUAAUAUGUGUACGGUCGCGCACUUUCGUCCCUCUCUUCUAUACAUGUGUGUGAGUUCUGGCCUCAUGCACGAUCUGGAAUGUCCGUGGCUUGGUGUCGAUUGCCGACUUGACCUGAAAGAGUGGCGCAAUCGAACGGCGAGAGCCUGCAAAGCUGGGCCCACGCGUUGAAUGGCACAGCAGCGGUACAGAGUCGGUAGUGGCGUUGGUGAAAUAAUCAUGUCACGCAAUUGCGUGCAAUUCUUUUGUGUAUGUAAUGGCGCACACGCCAUGCAUGUCGCGCUGGAUGUGUUAAGUUGUCACGCAGCACUGCCCGCCAGUACUCGUUCUAUAGCUAGGAUACGCGGCGGCCGGAGUGAACUACCCCAGGAACUACCCGGGCCUAUCAUGGUCCCUCGAGCGUUCUGCAUGUAAUAGCAACUACGGUACGUGUUCUGUCUCUUACUCGCAGAACAGGUGGUGCAAGUGGCCGUUACCCUUAGGUCGGGUCGGCGGGACCAGCUUACAUCCUUAGACCUGGGCCUGGAAUGUAAGAGGUGCGGCUGGAUGCGGUGCAGCGCAUAGUCCCUGGGAGUUUCGGGAAGGAUGUGUCCCGGACUGACAUGCGGGUGUUACGGCCUGGAUGGAAUGUUGACUGUAAUUGCAAUGCUAC